AUGGCGAGUCGGCGGCCAUUCGUGGAGCCUAUCAGCCAGGCCGAGCCCACCCCGCAGGACUUGAAGCACACCCGGGACCUGGAGCAGCACCUGCGCGACCAGGGCCUGUACGAGUCCCAGGAGGAGGCGGAGCUGCGGGAGGUGGUGCUGGGGCGGCUGGACGGGCUGGUCAAGGAGUGGAUUCGCGGCGUGGCGGCGCUGCGGGGGCACCCUCCGGAGGAUGCCAACGCCAAGAUAUUCACCUUUGGCUCCUACCGCCUGGGCGUGCACGGCCCCGGGGCAGACAUCGACACGCUGUGCGUGGGGCCCAGCUAUGCCACGCGCGAGGGCGACUUCUUCGGCAGCGAGCCGCACUGCCUGCAGGCCAUGCUGUGCGCGCUGCCCGAGGUGCUGGCGCUGCGCGCCGUCACCGCCGCCUACGUGCCCGUCAUGGAAAUGAAGUUCUGCGGCAUCUCCAUCGACCUGCUGUACGCGCGCCUGUCGGUACCGCUGGUACGGGAGGAUUUGGACAUCGGCGCCACCCACACCCUGCGCCACUGCGACGACCAGUCUGUGCGCUCGCUCAACGGCUGCCGCGUGACAGACAUGAUCCUGCGCGAGGUGCCCAGCGUGCCGCACUUCCGCACCGCGCUGCGCUGCCUCAAGCUGUGGGCGGAGCGGCGCGGCGUUUACUCAAACGUUACCGGCUACCUGGGGGGCGUGAACUGGGCGAUCCUGGUGGCCUAUGUCUGCAAGCUCCAACCAUGUCUGCUUGCCUCCCCGCCCCACCUCGGCCCCGCCCCCUGCCUGCCCGUACCGCAGGUGUACAGCCAAUGGGCGUGGCCCACGCCCAUCAUGCUACGCGCCAUUGAGCGCGACCCCUCUCUGGCCAUGCCUGUGUGGGAUCCUCGGGAGAACCCGCGGGACCGCACCCACCUCAUGCCCAUCAUCACCCCCGCAUACCCCUGCAUGAACUCCUCAUACAAUGUGUCGGAAUGCACGCUGGCGGUGAUGGCAGAAGAGUUCCGCAGGGGCGACGAGGUGUGCGGGCGCAUCAUGACUCACAACGGCUCGGGCCUCACAGACUGGGCCCAGCUGCUGGAGCCGCUGCCUUUCUUCGAGGGCUUCAAGCACUUCCUGCAGGUGGAGGUGAUGGCGUCCAGCCAGGAGGACUUUGAGGUGUGGGAGGGGUGGGUGCACUCCCGCAUGCGCCUCCUCAUCAAGGUGGACCAGCAGCAGCAGCAGCAGCAGCAGCAGCAGGACGGCGGCGGCGGCGGCAGCGUGGCCGACCCGCCGGCGCAGCAGCAGCCCCGCUGCUUUUACUUCAUGGGGCUCAGCAAGAAGAAGGCCAUGAUCAUCCCUCAGUCCAAGGUCGACCUCACCCAGCCCGUCAACGAGUUUGCCCACAAGGUGAAAGAGUUUGAGCAGCGGCGGGAAGGCAUGGACAUCAGCGUGCGGCACCUGCUGCAGCGCCAGCUCCCCGAAUGGGUGCGCCCCGCGCCCAACAACGGCGGCGGCGCGCCAGCCGCGGCGGAUGGGGGCGACGCAGCGGCGGCGACGGCAACCGCGGCGGCGCCCGCCGACGGGCACGACGCGGCGGCGGCGGCGGCGGCGGCGGCCAAGCAGCAGCCACAGCAGCUUGCGGGCAGCAAGCGGGUGUCGGAGGCCGGGGAGGGAGGCGGCCCGGCGGCGGCCAAGCGGCAGCAGACGGGGGAAGGGGUGGCGCUUACGGCGGCCGCCGCGGCGGUGGCGGCGGCGGCGGCGGCGGCGGCGGCUGAAGGCGCGACGCAGCCGCCGUCUGGCGACACCUCGGACCUCCAGAUGGAGGACCUCCAGCAGCAGCAGCUGGGCGAGGAUGGGCAGCAGGAGGUUGAGGACUGGGCCGAGGGCCCUGCUCGCGCCGCGCCUGCCGCCGCCUGA